GUUUGACACUCAUUCACGUCGGUUGCGCAGUGUACCGGUCAUUUGAAACGGUUUUUUUUCUUCAUCGAAAUUUCACUGCAUUUGCUGUUUUUACACUGGUUUCGUACGAACAGAAGUGUGUAAUAACAAUCAAAGAACCCUUACAAUCUGCCAAAAUGGGCGACAAGACGCAUGCAAAGGAGCUGGACCAGUGGAUUGAGCAGCUAAACGAAUGCAAACAGUUGCAGGAAAAUCAAGUCAAACAGCUAUGUGAAAAGGCUAGGGAAAUCUUAACGAAAGAGUCUAACGUCCAAGAAGUAAGAUGUCCAGUGACUGUAUGUGGAGACGUCCAUGGUCAAUUCCAUGAUCUCAUGGAGCUUUUUAGAAUCGGAGGGAAAUCCCCGGACACAAAUUAUCUCUUCAUGGGCGAUUACGUGGAUCGUGGUUACUACUCAGUGGAGACAGUGUCGUUACUAGUGUCGUUAAAGGUGAGGUUUCCGGAGCGUAUCACCAUCUUGCGUGGAAAUCAUGAAAGUCGACAAAUUACUCAAGUGUACGGUUUCUAUGACGAGUGUCUACGGAAAUAUGGCAACCCCAACGUUUGGAAAUACUUCACCGAUCUCUUUGAUUACCUUCCCCUUACUGCUCUGGUUGAUGGUCAGAUAUUCUGUCUUCACGGUGGUCUGUCGCCCUCUAUUGACACAUUGGACCACAUCCGAGCACUGGAUCGCCUACAGGAAGUUCCUCAUGAGGGUCCUAUGUGUGACCUCCUCUGGUCUGAUCCCGAUGACCGUGGUGGCUGGGGCAUCUCACCUAGAGGUGCUGGCUACACCUUCGGACAAGACAUAUCGGAAAAUUUCAAUCAUAUGAACGGCUUGACUUUGAUAUCUAGAGCUCAUCAACUGGUCAUGGAGGGUUAUAACUGGUGUCAUGAUCGCAAUGUAGUCACAAUUUUCAGCGCUCCUAACUACUGUUACCGAUGCGGGAAUCAAGCCGCCAUCAUGGAGUUAGACGACGCACUAAAAUAUUCCUUUUUACAGUUCGACCCAGCACCGCGAAGAGGAGAACCCCACGUAACCAGACGUACACCAGACUACUUCCUGUAAAUAAAAAAUCCCCUACAAAAAAAAUUGUGAGUUGUCUUUAGUAGCAUUACUGUGUAUGUAAAGAGUUCGCCAAAGGUACAGUUUUAAAACACAAAAAAUGCCCU